AAAAGCAAGGAAUUAAUUACGCGAAUAGUAUAUUGCAAUCACUUUAAUUUAUAAUCCUUUCUUGCGUUUUGUUUCUCAUAAUGUCUGAUUAUAAGAUAACGAGCUUACCAGAGGGGAUAAUAACCAUCAUUCUCGGCUAUAAUGUUAUCACUAUGGAGGAUAUCAUCAACUUUCGAUGCGUGUGCAAGAAAUUUCGUUAUGCAGCAACCAUAUAUAACAAGUUCUUGGAAAAAAAGUUAUCUCAAAGAUGGCCCUAUGCGAAGAAAAGAUAUGAAAGUCUUACGGAAAAAGAAAAAGAAGAAAACCUAAACUUUGUUAUAAUAGGCAUAAAUUCUGUGACACAAUUGCGAAGUUAUUUGUCUCAAAUUCUCUUUUAUGAUUAUUUUUACAAUAAUAGAUCAAAUCGAAAUUACUUUGAUGACUCAAUUCAUAAUGUAUUGGAACUCGAAAAUAAUGGAUCGCAAAUCAAUCGAAAGUUUUUGCAAUAUAGAAAUGUCUCACUAUGCGAAGCUAUCCUCGAUAGGAAAUGAGUUGGACAGAUAUAUAAAGAAACCUGAAAGAGAACAACUUUUGGAAGAAACAUGUACUUUCGUGGCAAAGUAUAUUCAAGUUCGAGAAGAUGUAUGUUACACGAAUGUAAGUGCAUCAUUGGAUACAAUCGCACAAGAGGUACUGAAUCGUCUCAGGGAGAAGCAUCCGAACCAUUCGAUAUUCUCCACGUCUGAUGAAACUUUUUCUUAUUGGAAA